CUAAAAGAUAUAUUUAAUUUAAGAAAAUAUCAGAAAUGGAGUUCCUUGAUACUUUUACAUUCCCUACUGAGAAAUACAACAAGUUCCUUCUGAAUUAUGAAUCAAAGGACCAGAUUCCUUUGUACCACUUAAACUCGGACGUGAAGGUGCAUAAUAAUAUGGCUGAGAUUAAAUAUGAACAAUUCUAUUUUAAUCAUAGUGAAGAGCCAAUUGAAGCAGAAUACUGCUUCCCAGCUCAUUGUCAAGCUGUUUUUGGAGGCCUCGAAGUCAGAAUUAAAGAUAAGAUUAUUAACUCAAGAAUUGAAAUCAGAGAAACUGCUAAGGUUAAGUACGAAGAUGCUGUUGCUCAAGGUAAAACAGCUGUAAUUUCUCAUCCUUCAAGGAAGGAUAGAGAUAUUAUCAGGAUGAAUAUUGGAGGUAUUCCUCCAAAAUCUCAGAUUGUCUUGACCUGUACCUUCUACCAGCUUCUUGAAGUUGAUGAUUUGAGCUGGAGUUUGCACAUUCCUUCUAAGAUCGUCCCAAGAUACAUGGGGAAUUUCUUUAACUACAUUAAGACUGGUCACCAAUUGCAGGGAAGUGAACCUGCAGAUAAGCCAAAAGUUGACUACCAGCAGCAUCUUGAAGAUGUAGAAGAAGCAUUCAGAGCUUACUACCAAGAGCAAGACUUUACUUGGUCUCUAAGUAUGGAGGUAGAUUCUUCUUCACCAGUCGAGAGAAUUAUCAGUACCACCCAUGAGAUAGAAUGCGAAUUCUUGGAUGAUAAACAAUCUAGCGUUAAGAUCUAUUUGAAAAAUCUCGGAGAAGACAGUGUUUUUGAAGAAGAUUUCAAGCUUUUGUUUAGAAAUGAAGAAAUUAACAAGCCAAUGGUACUCCUCCAGAAGCUAAAGAAUGAAUAUGCCUUAAUGGUAUCUUUCCUUGCAGAUCUUUCUCCGGAGGCUGAAGUUCAACAGAGAAAAAUGGCACUCCAAAAUCUUCCUGACAUGGAUAGUAGUGUCCGCUAUGAACAGAAUUUGGACAGUAAUUUAAUUCCUGGAGAGUUUUACUUCGUUCUCGACAGAAGUUACUCUAUGACUGGGGAUCCAAUGGCUACGGCUAAAGAAGCUCUGAAAUUAUUUAUUAGAUCCAUCCCACCAGGAUCAAUCUUCAAUGUUGUAUCCUUUGGAAGUUCAUAUGAACUUCUCUUUGAAGGAGUGGCUACUUAUGACCAAACAAAUCUCGAGUAUGCUAUUGACCACAUUUGAGAGUUUGAAGCAGAUCUUGGAGGAACUGAAAUCUUUGAUCCUCUCCAUUUCAUCUUUGCAGAUGAGGAGCAAAGAGAAGAUUUUGAUAAGCAUGUGUAUCUUAUCACUGAUGGACAAGUUUUUAAUCCAGAAGAUGUGGUUAAUCUCAUCAAGAGCAACAACAAGAAGUUCACCGUUCAUACAUUUGGUAUUGGAAGUGGUGUCAGCACAAACCUCAUCACUGAAUGUGCCAAAGCUGGAAGAGGAAAGCACUACUUUGUCAAUGAUAAAGCCGAAGGCCUUCAAAGAAAAGUUAUUGAUGCUUUGUGCAAAGCUUUCGAGCCGAGCAUGGCAUUUGACAAUCAGUUCCUUUAUGUAAAUGGGAAAAGAUUUUUACAGAUUCCAGAAUUUGAUGAAAUGCCAAACAAACUUUACCACGGAGAUUACUUUACUUACUACACCCUUGUAAAUGAAUGCAACAGUGAUUGGCUAGAAGGAAACCUUGACUUCCAGUUCACGAGAUCAGACAACAAAGAGCAAGGCCAUGUUGAGGUAGAUCUUGUUGAAAACUUGAAAAUCCUCGAAGGAGAUUCUAUUUUCAAAAUUAUUGCUAAGAAGCAUAUCGAAGAUCUUUGCAGAAUGGGUCAAAGAGAUCACGCUAUCAAGAACUCUGUAAAAUAUCAAGUUCCUUGUGACUACACUUCGUUCUUCGCUGCUGAAAGAUUUGUAAACAAGUUUAAUCAAACCAUCUACAAGAAGGUUGAGUCUCAGUUCGCUAAUCAGAAAAUUAGCAUUGAGGUUAAGACUCUGACAGGAAAAUCACUAGAGUUAGAAGUUCUUUCUUCUGAUACAAUCGAAGAUUUGAAGAAAAUGAUAAUGGAUUCUGAGGGUAUCCCGCUUGAUCAACAAAGACUCAUAUUUGCAGGAAAGCAACUUGAAGAUGGAAUUACUCUUAGUGAGUACUACAUCACCGCUGGCUCGGUUAUUCACUUGGUGUUAAGACUAAGAGGUGGAGGAGGCCUCAACCUUAGAAACACAGUCACAGGAUUCCAGACAACUAUCGAAGUUAACUUUGAUACUUCAAAGCUUUAUGACAUUAAAAUGAGGAUCGCUAGAAAUCUCGGAUUGAGAGAUAAAAAGAUCAAACUCUUCUAUGAGAACAAGCCAUUAGAAAAAGAUGACAACACCACUCUAAGAACUGCUGAGAUAAAAGAAGGAUCUGUUCUGGAAUACAGUUAUCCAAAUUAUAAAGACUUCAUUGAUAUUCAGAAUAGUGAAGGAUUCUGGACCGAAUCUGUGAUGGAACUUGUCACUUUUACUGUUGAAGAUCUUAAGCCACUUAUCACAGAUCCAAUUAAAAACAAGUUCGAAAAAGAAGAAGAUCAGCUUCAGAUCAUGUACACUUGGAUAGGAGUAAAAGGACUUAAAGAAAAAUAUCCAUUGAAAGAAGAUGAAUGGAAACUUAUUGCAAAGAAAGGAACCGAUUAUCUAUCCAAGCAUGGAUUUAAGUAUGAAGACAUGAAGUUCGAUACUCUCAGCUUCUCAGAUGUAGCCCCUGUUGCAGAGGAACCAAAAGAAACUCCAGCUGAAGCUACUGAUGCUAAUGCUAAUGAUGGAGGAGAUCAAGAGAAUGCAGAUGGUGCUGGUGAGACGACAGAACAACCAGCUCAGACUAACGAAUCAUAA